ACAAAAACUCCUACACCAAAAUAAAAAUCACACCUUUGCGCUAUCCGCCGCUUCCAUUUCCACUUAUCCUCAAUCCUCCAGAAGCCUUAAACCCUCCAAACUCCAUCUUCUUCCUUCCUUCGAAGGCAAAAAAGAUGUCUUUUGCUGUGAAAGCCUUAGCAAACCCUGCGCCAGCUCAUGCCCCCUCCGUCUUCUCCAUUUCCAGAGCUUCGUAUACAAACCCAUGUCUCUCAAUUCCUUUCAAACCCAUCAAAUUCAACCUCUCUUGCUCCCACCCGAGCUUUGUCUGCCUAAAGAAGAAAGAGCCCGUUGUGAGAGUUUCUGUGGUGGCGGCCCAGAAUGAAGAGAACGACCCAGUAGCUCUCGAGGAGCAAGAAGAGGGUUUUGAUGGUAAACUCGACUGGGAUUCCUCGGAAAGCGACGCCGAGGGAGGGGAGAGUGUUGGGUAUGCUAAGCCGAAUGAAGACGCGAAAUUGUAUGUCGGGAAUCUGCCGUACAAUGUGACUAGUGAGAAUUUAGCUCAGUUGUUUCAGGAGGCUGGUGUUGUGGAUAUGGCUGAGGUCAUUUACAACAAGGAUACGGAACAGAGUAGAGGCUUUGCAUUUGUGACGAUGAGUACCGUGGAAGAAGCUGAGAGGGCUGUCGAAAUGUUCCAUCGCUACGAUAUUGGCGGGAGAUUAUUAACCGUCAAUAUAGCCCUCCCAAAAGGGUCAAAGCCUGAACGACCCCCUCGUGUGGUUGAGUCCGGUUCGAAAAUUUACGUCGGUAACCUACCUUGGAGUGUGGAUGAUUCUCGCUUGGAAGAGGUUUUUAGCGAGCACGGUAAAGUGGUGAGUGCUCGGGUGGUCUAUGAUCGGGAAAGUGGUAGGUCACGAGGUUUUGGGUUUGUGGAGAUGUCGAGCGAGGCCGAAAUGAAUGAAGCCAUCUCGAACCUUGAUGGGGAGACCUUGGAUGGGAGAUCAAUCAGGGUAAACGUUGCUGAUAGCGCGAGGCGCAGUUUUUGAUCUGGGAUGAAAAAUACGAGCACUGCAAUUUGUGAUAUGUCUUUUCUUGUGGAGAAAUUUAUUGGAUUUUUGUAAGGAACCAUCCAUAUCAAUGAACUAGUUAAGAGAUUUUGUUGUCACAAAACCGUUUGGAUUUACCUUGAUUGUAUUCUUUUUUCAUGUUGAAAUUUAUGAUGCAUAGUGAUUAUGCUUCAAAUUUGACUUGGAUUUGACUGAAAGCUUAAGAGAUGUUGAAUUGUUAUUGACUGAUUGAUGACAGGAAUGCUUUGGCCUUGUAUGUUGGUAUAAGAAGUCAGUACUAAUUCAAAGGUGUCACAGUGAAGGAUAGAAAAGUGAUUCUAUAAUAUAAACUAUACCUAAGAUAUCAAAAUUUAUGUAAACUUUUAAAAAUGAAAUGAUGAUGAUAUAAGAACUUUUGGUGGGUGAUAUUCUGAUUUGUGUGACAUUUUAACCUCAAAGUGAAAA